CUUUGCUCUUGUCAGCUGGGACCAAGAUCAACCAGGAUUAUGUGUCCGUACGUGCAGUUACUUCGGUAAAGUAUUUCUGCUGCAAGUACAAGAUCAUGUCUGAAAAUACAGGAGGUGAGCUCCUGACUGCAAACUGCAGCAGUUUAUCAGCUGACUGAUGAGCAGCUCAGCGGUCCCCGCACCAGAGGAGGAGGCCAGGCAGUAACCUUCUGUGGACUUUCAAGCUCUGUGCUGUGCUGGUGGAUGGGAGCCCCAGCUGAGGCAGUCUGCAGCUGAAGAGUGCCAGAACUGAUGUCAAGUGGCUUUGCAGAAGCAAACUAGUCUUUCUCGCUUUCCUUUUGGAGUAUUACUUUGGAGGCCACAGGGCUACAAAUGUUUGGAAAGGAUGCCACAGACACCUCCCUUUGCAGCUAUGUUUGACAGCAGUGGAUACAACAGGAACUUGUAUCAGUCAAAAGAGGACAACUGCGGAGGACUCUCUUACCAUGACAACAACCUCCUGUCGGGGUCUCUGGAAGCUCUGAUUCAGCACUUAGUACCCAACGUAGAUUACUAUCCUGACAGGACGUAUAUCUUCACCUUCCUUCUCAGUUCACGCCUGUUCAUGCAUCCUUCCGAGCUGAUGGCCAAAGUUUGCCAUCUGUGCAUUGAGCAGCAGAGACUAAGCGAACCUGGCCUGGACAAGAACCGGAUACGAAAAAUUGCACCUAAAAUCCUACAACUGUUGACUGAAUGGACAGAGACAUUUCCUUACGAUUUCCGAGACGAAAGAAUGAUGAGGAAUUUAAAGGAGUUGGCACAACGAAUAGCCAUUGGUGAUGAGAUGUAUCGGAAGAAUGUACAGCAACUCCUCCAGAACCUGAUUCGGAAGCUUGCCACUGUUAGCCAGUAUGAAGAAGUACUGGCAAAAAUCAAUGCAACAUCUACAGAUCGACUCACGGUCCUAAAGACCAAGCCCCAGUCCAUACAGAGGGACAUAAUCACAGUCUGCAAUGAUCCCUACACAUUAGCUCAGCAGCUAACGCACAUAGAGCUUGAGAGACUCAAUUAUAUUGGACCAGAAGAAUUUGUCCAGGCAUUUGUACAAAAGGAUCCUUUGGAUAAUGACAAGACCUGCUACGGAGAUCAAAAGAAGACCCGUAAUCUAGAAGCCUAUGUAGAAUGGUUUAACAGGCUCAGUUACUUGGUUGCAACAGAAAUCUGUAUGCCUGUGAAGAAGAAACACAGAGCAAGAGUGAUUGAAUAUUUCAUUGACGUGGCCCGGGAAUGCUUUAACAUUGGCAACUUUAACUCCUUAAUGGCUAUUAUUUCUGGCAUGAACAUGAGUCCUGUCUCUCGAUUAAAGAAAACUUGGGCAAAAGUGAAGACAGCCAAAUUUGAUAUUCUUGAGCAUCAGAUGGACCCUUCUAGUAAUUUUUAUAAUUACCGAACUGCUCUGCGUGGUGCUGCUCAAAGGUCCUUGACAGCUCAUAGCAACAGAGAGAAGAUCGUGAUACCCUUCUUCAGCCUCUUGAUCAAAGAUAUUUACUUCCUCAAUGAGGGCUGUGCCAGUCGUCUUCCGAACGGUCAUGUCAAUUUUGAAAAAUUUUGGGAGUUGGCGAAACAAGUGAGUGAAUUUAUGACGUGGAAGCAAGUGGAGUGCCCAUUUGAAAGGGAUCGCAAGAUUCUGCAGUACUUGCUUACUGUCUCAGUCUUCAGUGAUGAUGCACUUUACUUGGCUUCCUAUGAGAGCGAAAGUCCUGAGAAUCACAUUGAAAAGGACAGAUGGAAGACACUGAGGUCAACGCUUCUAGGCAGAGUCUAAUAUAUGAGAUGGCUGCUGUUUCUGCUGUUGCUAUGUUAUGUGGAUUAUUAAGGGGCAUGGCUUGGUUUAUUUUUUUUUUUGUGCACCGAGUGGCAUUCAGAGUAUUGAGAACUGUGCAGUCAGUCAAGAUACCGUGUCAGCAAAGAUGAAACAAGUCAACAAACAGGACAAACAAGCAGCUUCUCGCAUCUGACAAAUGAGAUUAAAUCACAGGCCACUCGGUUUAAGUAUUGAUUGAGGACAGUGCUGACAGAAUCCUUUGAAGAGCUCAGAAUGCCGCCUAUGAAUCAUUUCACACCUGGACAGAAUAUUUUCCUGUUCCUUUUGUUGGAGCUUGCUGCUACUAGGACUCUGCAGGUUGAUACUAGGUUGCAGAGGAGAAAAAAAAUCACCAUUCCUUUUGCUAAAACUCAAGUCUGCAUCAAAGAACUUCCAUUCCGAAUAAGCUGAACAUAGCCAGGACUUUUGCCUGAAUCAGGAUUGCUAAGAAGGGAAAGGACUGGACACAACAAUAGGCUGCUGGGGACUUUCUCCCCACCACUGUAAUGGUGGCUUUUUUUUUUUUCUUUUUCCAUUAUGUUUAUGAGUUGGCUGCUGGCAGGCAAACUCAUUAUUAUUCUAAGUUAUUUUAAAAAUAUAUAGUAAUAAAAAUAAGACUGUGGUAGAAAACACAUCUGCUAGAAAAAUACAGUAGCGAUGUAGCCUGGACUAUUCUACGUCUUGUAGGGAGUUGUUUUCUUUCUUUCAGCUGUUUACAACUAACCACUACAUGCUACAGAUGUUCUUAUUUUUACUAUACUGUUUUGUUACUCUAAUUUUCCAUACUUGACUUUCUUCUUAUAUUAGGUUGAACAAGCUGACUUUUCUAGAAUGGUCUUUGAGAAACUGAUGUACAAACUAUGUUAAAAUAUGAAGGUAUGUUUUUAUUAAGUCAUUUCUAUGAUUGCUUUUUUUUGAAAGGGUAACAAUGGAGAGAACACAAUCCAGCCUGACUGAAAUUGCAAGAUGCCAAAAAGGAAAAAAAAAGAUAAGGCUUCUUCUCAACUACAGCUGUGAACAAAGCAGUCUCCCUUUUGCAUUUAUGUUAUGGAUUAGCAUUAUGACUGUGAAAUAGUUCAGUAUGUUAAACAUCUAGUAAGUUUGUAGUAGCUCUGAAUACUUAGCCACUCUAUUCUAGGAAGAAAGAACCUGAUGGGGGUAGGGGGGAAGUAGCUGUAGAUCACCCUGGAUGCAAAAUCACAAAGCAAAAGCACAUGGCAAAGAAAGGUAUUUGCAAUUACCCUGCCACUGUUAUUUUAAAAAGAAAAGAAAUAAGAAUAAAGAUAUUUGUUGCACUGCAUCUCUGAGUUUUCAGGUAGGCUGGUGUUUAAGUAUAUGCUCUGUCAGUCCCUUUUCAGGCAAGUAUUUAAUUUCUGAAUUCUGUAAGAACAUGUUGAAGUACCUUUGGUCAAAAGGGAUACUUGUCCUUUACUACUACUACCUGUUUGCUGGUACAAGGUGUUGGAAAUCACUGAAUUUGAUAUUCCAUGAACCUCAGCUAUGAAAGUACUAGGAGCCCCGAUGGUGGAAGAGGAUUCCUCUCUUCUCCCAUUCAGUAUGUUAAAGUGAGGGAGACAAAUGAUGCUAAAUCUUUCAAAGGAGAAAAUCCAUCUUUCAGAGGAUUGCUUCUGCGGUUUACAGACUUUAACUUGCAGCCUUCAUCAGCUGAAUUCUUUCCAACCCUCCUCUCUUGAUGGCUCCCUUGUUAAGGCUUCUAGGCAGGACCUUAAGUAAAAUGCUGUAAAAUGCUGGGGAACAUCAUGUUUUCCUCCUCCACUUCUUUUGGGAAUACCAUAGUAUGAUCAUAAGGUACAUAAAUGAAGGCGGUACCUAAAUGAAAAUCGUUUCUGUGACAAAAUAUUUGCUAUCAUUACCCCGUUUUUUUUUUCUACAUUUUCAUUUCUAGGGGAAGCCAGAAAGUGGAAAAAAGGGUCAGCUACCUGUGGAAGUAACUUCUCUUCUUCCCUCCUGCACUGUAACAUAGUUUGACUACUGGCCUGGCUUAGGAAUGCAUUUGUUAUUUAUGCAGUUUGAAUGAAGCCUUUGUAAAUAAAAGCAGAAAUAGCAUUAAGCAGCCUCCAUCUA